CAGAGCAGGGGCAGCGGGGCGGGGAAGGGGGCGGUGUCGGCCGAGCAGGUAAUUGCUGGCUUCAACCGCCUUCGGCAGGAGCAGCGAGGCCUAGCAUCCAAGGCAGCGGAGCUGGAGAUGGAGCUGAAUGAGCACAGCCUGGUGAUCGACACACUGAAGGAGGUGGAUGAGACCCGCAGGUGCUACCGCAUGGUUGGAGGGGUGCUGGUGGAGCGGACGGUCAAGGAGGUGCUGCCCGCCCUGGAGAAUAACAAGGAGCAGAUCCAGAAGAUCAUUGAGACAUUGACACAGCAGCUUCAGGCAAAGGGAAAAGAACUAAAUGAAUUUCGGGAAAAGCACAACAUUCGUCUCAUGGGGGAAGACGAGAAGCCAGCCAAGGAAAACUCAGAAGGGGCUGGGGCUAAGGCCAGCUCAGCCGGAGUGUUGGUCUCCUAGGGACCGAGGCCUUUGCAUUCUUCUCUACCCUGACUCCCAGUUCUUCUCAUUUUUCUUUAUCGUUGUAAUUAUUUUCUCUGCCGUUGUAAUAUUUUUUUGUUAAUUAAAUGUUUUGGUCAGAAUGCUCAGCUCUAGCCUGAAGCUUUGUCCCACAGUUGAGGAUGGAGUUUGCAUGGGGCGGGGAAAAGCAUAUGAUCUGUGGCUUUUGGUUCCAUCAGGUUGACUCGCAGUAUCAGGAGGUCCCAGAUUUUAUCCUUUCCCUUGCAAAUAAAGAUGUGUUUACUUUUUUAACGCCCUCACCCACAAA